UCGCUGCAGUUCACGGUGCCGCCGACAGGUGGUGUGUGUGCGCUGCGUGCAUAACAUCGAAAAUAACACUGUGCCUUGCUAUGUUAGCCACCGAGGAGCUUCCUAACGCUAGAUAGCGAAUAAAACGACUUAUUCCGAGGUUUUGGAAAAUGACAGUCUGUGCGGGGAAUUAACGAAAACAUCCCUUUCUCUUUGCAAAGCCCGGCGGCGUUUGGAUUAUUUGGUUUGAGCCCGUCUUUGAUUUAAAAACGAGGUGCAGCUGAGAAGAUACCUUCUUGCUUGGGGGAGUCCAGAGCCGUUAGAAGCCACCUACUCCAGCAGAUCCAGAAAAUGUUAAAGAAAUGAUAGCAGCGCAGGACUUGCACACAGAGUUUCAAUUCCCUCAAGAGACAGAGUCUCAGUUGUCUUCAGAUACUGACCUUGAGGAUCCCGAUGGCAAAAAUGCAAAGACCGGAAAAGGCCUGGCAGCCAGGAGAGGGAAGAAGGCGCUUGGAGACAAGGCCAAAGGUGGGGGAGCAGGGAGGGUCCCCGGCCUUGGCCGGGUGAACGGCCAUCAUCAGGAGAACGGGAUGGAGAACAUGACCCUGUUCGAGGUGGUUAAAGUGGGGAAGAGCGCCACACAGUCUGUUGUUGAUGAUUGGAUCGAGGCGUACAAACAUGACCGGGAUGUCGCUCUCUUGGACUUAAUCAACUUCUUCAUUCAGUGUUCUGGCUGCAAAGGCGCUGUGAGCGGAGAAAUGUUCAGAAACAUGCAGAACUCCGAAAUCAUCCGGAAAAUGACAGAGGAGUUUGAUGAGGACAGCGGUGACUAUCCAUUAACUAUGUCAGGACCACAGUGGAAGAAAUUCAGGAUAAGCUUCUCUGACUUCAUCGCAGUCCUGGUGCGUCAGUGUCAGUACAGCAUCAUCUACGACGAGUAUAUGAUGGACAUGGUCAUCUCACUGCUCACCGGCCUGUCUGACUCACAAGUCAGGGCAUUCAGACACACAAGCACAUUAGCAGCCAUGAAGUUGAUGACGGCCCUGGUGAACGUGGCUCUGAAUCUGAGCAUCAAUAUGGACAACACGCAGAGACAGUACGAGGCGGAGAGGAACAAGGUCGUUGCAAAAAGGGCCAACGAUCGGUUGGAGCUCCUGUUACAGAAGCGUAAAGAGCUUCAAGAAAAUCAAGAUGAGAUUGAAAACAUGAUGAACGCAAUUUUCAAAGGAGUGUUUGUUCACAGAUACCGUGAUGCUAUUGCUGAAAUCCGAGCUAUUUGUAUUGAGGAGAUCGGAGUGUGGAUGAAGCUGUACAGUGACGCCUUCCUCAACGACAGUUACCUGAAGUAUGUCGGCUGGACGAUGCAUGACAAGCAAGGUGAGGUGCGGCUGAAGUGCCUGACAGCUCUGCAGGGUUUGUUCUACAGCAGAGAGCUCGGCGCACGACUGGAGCUCUUCACAAGUCGCUUCAAGGACCGCAUUGUGUCUAUGACUCUGGACAAGGAAUAUGAUGUUGCAGUGCAAGCCAUUAAACUACUGACACUUGUCUUACAGAGUAGUGAUGAGGUCCUGACAGCAGAGGACUGUGAGAGUGUAUAUCAUCUGGUUUACUCCGCACAUCGACCCAUCGCUGUGUCAGCAGGAGAGUUUCUGUUCAAGAAGCUCUUCAGCCAUCAAGGUCCUGAGGACGAGGGAUUACCCAGGAGGGGCAGGCAGAGCCUCAAUGGCAGCCUUAUCAAGACUACUGUCUUCUUCUUCCUGGAGAGCGAGCUCCACGAACAUGGGGCCUACUUGGUGGAUAGCUUGUGGGAGUGUGCGUCCGAGUUGUUGAAGGACUGGGAGACGAUGAUCAGCCUGCUGCUGGAUGAACCCAUCCCAGGAGAGGAGGCCCUGAAUGAUCGGCAGGAGACGGCUCUGGUUGAAAUCAUGCUGUGUGCCAUUCGGCAGGCGUGCGAAUGCCACCCUCCAGUAGGCAGAGGCACAGGGAAGCGGGUCCUGACUGCAAAGGAGAAGAAAACACAGCUGGAUGAUCGGACACGGAUCACAGAGAUGUUUGCAGUGGCGUUGCCUCUGUUACUGGCCAAGUACUGCGUUGAUAUUGAUAAGGUGACCAACUUGCUACAAAUACCAAAGUACUUUGAUCUCGACAUCUACACAACUGGCCGGUUAGAAAAGCAUUUGGAUGCCUUGUUGCGGCAAAUUUGGGAGGUCCAGGAUAAGCACACAGACACUGAGGUCCUGGAAGCCUGCUCUACCACCUACCACUAUUUCUGCAACGAGGAGUUCACCAUCUACAACCGCGUGGACAUUGCCCGCUCCCAGCUUCUCGACGAGCUCGUGGACAAGUUCAAUAGACUCCUCGAGGACUUCCUGCAAGAGGGUGAAGAACCAGAUGAAGAUGACGUCUACCAGGUUCUGUCAACCCUCAAGAAGAUCAGCGCUUUCCACAAUGCACACGACCUCUCUAAGUGGGAUCUUUUCACCAGCAACUACAGGCUACUCAACACCGGUCUGCAGAACGGGGAUAUGCCUGAGCAGAUUGUGAUUCAUGCGAUGCAGUGCACACAUUACAUCAUCCUUUGGCACCUAGCGAAGGUUUCAGACAGCAGUUCAUUAAAGGGUGAUAUGGCGACAUUGAGAAAGCAAAUGAGAGCUUUCUGCUUAAUGUGUCAGCGUUACCUAAACAGCAUCAACACGGCAGUUAAAGAGCAGGCCUUCACCAUACUAUGUGAUCUGCUAUUGAUCUUCAGUCACCAAAUUAUGUCUUCAGGACGGGAACAACUGGAGCCUUUGGUCUAUGCGCCAGACUCUUCUUUGCAGGCAGAGCUGCUCAACUUCAUCCUGGAUCAGGUGUUCAUUGAUCAGGAUGAUGACAGCAACAGCACAGACGGACAGCCAGACGAUGAAGCCAGUAAAAUCGAGGCUCUGCACAAGCGAAGAAACCUUCUAUCUGCCUAUUGCAAAUUGAUCAUUUACAAUGUUGUGGAAAUGAACACCGGAGCAGAUAUAUUUAAACAGUACAUGAGGUAUUACAACGACUAUGGCGAUAUCAUCAAAGAAACAAUGAGUAAAACGAGACAAAUCGACAAAGUGCAAUGCGCAAAGACGCUUGUAUUGAGCCUGCAAACGUUAUUCAAUGAGAUGUUGUCUGAUCUCGGCUUCAACAUCGACCGCUCAUCGUCCGCGUUCUGUGGCAUAAAAGAGCUCGCCCGACGUUUCUCGUUGACGUUUGGCUUGGAUCAGAUGAAGACCAGGGAGGCUAUCGCCAUGCUACAUAAGGAUGGAAUUGAGUUCGCUUUUAAGGAACCUAGUCCCCAUGGAGAAGGGAGUCCACCUCUCAAUCUCGCCUUUUUGGACAUCCUGAGCGAAUUCUCCAGCAAACUAAUUCGGCAGGACAAGAGAACAGUUCACAUGUAUCUGGAGCGAUUCAUGACGUUCCAGAUGGCCCUGCAGCGAGAGGACUGCUGGCUGCCCCUCAUCUCGUACAGGAACUCCCUGCAGGUCGGAGGGGACGACGACACCAUGUCUGUCAUCAGCGGGAUCAGCAGUCGAGGAUCCACCGUCAGGAGUAAGAAGUCCAAGCCAGCUGCUGCUAGCAAAAGGAAACUGCCUGAAGCAGAGGAGAAUAGCUGCAGCAGCACUGAUGCAGUCUGGAUGAACCGUGAGCAGAACGUGCAGACGCCAGUGAUGAUGCAUUCGCCCCACCUCACCUCUACCGUACUAAGGGAUCCAAAGAAGAUGAGGCCAGAGGAAAGCUUCGCGGCCGCAUACACUAUGCCAACAGAGCAGCAUCCCCAUCAGCCUGUAACUCCCCAGCAGCAGACACACCAUCACCACCAGGCUGCCAUCGAUUACAACACGGAGGUUACUUGGAUGUUGACACAGAGGCAACAAGCCGAAGCCCGCCAGCAGCAAGAGCGGGUUAGCAUGCACUACGCCAAGAUGAGGAACCACAUGCAGCAAGCAAUUCGCCGAGGCUCUGGACUCAUGGAGGAUGACGAGGAGCCAAUAGUGGAGGAUGUGAUGAUGUCAUCAGAGGACCGCUUGGAGGACAUGAAUGAGGGCAUGGAUUUUGACACAAUGGACAUUGAUCUGCCGGCAUCAAAGAAUCGCAGAGAAAGAACUGAACUAAAGCCGGACUUCUUUGAUCCGUCUUCCAUCAUGGACGAUUCGGUUCUCAACGUUCCGAUGUUCUAAAACAAUUUGGAUGCAUCGCGGAGAUCCUCAGAGGACACAACGGACGACUGUUCUGUGGAAAUCAGAAAUGGACUACUAUAAAUAAUUUGUGAGACACCAACGUUUGCCUCUUGAACACUUUGUUAAAAAUUUAGAGGGAGAGCUUAAAUUUUGAUUUUAUUCUGAUAUUUUCACACACCAAACUUUUGUCACGCUGCGGCAGAAAAGUUUCUCGCUUCCGUUCAGUUAAUCUAAACCUGAUCAGGCAGCGUUAUGGACGUGAUGUGGCAGGUGUGGUGAGGUGACAAUAACAGACUGAAGUUCAAAUUGUUCAUAUAUACCUUUAAUCUUUUUCAUUCAGUAGACAAAAAUUGUCUGUUGUAAAUACAUAGUGGCCAAUAUAAGGGAGAGGUGAACACAACUUCAUGAACACCAGCAGAUAGAAGUAUAAUAGCUCUGCAGUCUAUCUUUAUGAAGCUUGUUCAGUUGUUGUUGAACACUAUAAUGACACUGCACUUUGUCGCAGAGGUGUUAAUUCAUUCUAUGGUAAUUUUACAGCCAUAUUUUAGAAGUUAUCAUGGGCACCGAUCAACGCCUCCGCGACGCAAUCAAAACAUAAACUGGACACCGUAAGCUUCAUGAAGACAGCGUUUAGAGUCACAGGCCAAAAAUAUAUAGGCACCCCUGAAUUUCUGUCACAUAAUUCUUCACUUCUACCAAAAAAAAUGUUGCAAUUACAAAUACUUUGGUAUUCUCAUGUUUAUUUAUUUUGUUUGUAAUGGAAUGACAUAAAAAAGAUCUAAGAUGACAUGAUGGAAAUGGUUUAAGACAAAGUGCUAGAGAGUUCUGAAGUGCCCAGCAAUGAUCUAAAUCCCACAGAGCGCCUGUGGAUCUCAAAACAGCGUUUAGGAGAUGGAGGCCAUCAAAUCUGAAAGAUCUGGUGUAAGAAACUCAGUGACGGUUACAGGAAGAUCAGUUAUUUUUCCAAAAGGUGUACCAAAUAUGAAUAAUUUUGUCCAGUUCAAUGCAAACAAAAGAAAUAAACACGAGCAUACCAAAGAAAUCUUUGAGAGAAGUGGUGCUUUAUGUGACAGAAGUUCAGGGGUGCCCUAGAUAUUUUUGGCUUUGACUGUAUUUAUUGCUGUUCUAUUGAAUUGGACUGCAUAACAUUGUGAAGGUGUCAGUGAUGUUGCGUUCGCCUGCUGUACUUUGAAACUGUAGACUCUGGCAUGGCAUGUAGCCAUAUAUAAAAACACGUACACGGUAAAGUAUAAUGUGAACUGGCCUUGCCACAAACGAUAUACGACAUUCUCAGAUUUCUUUGUGAUGGUAUUUUUUAGAAAUGUAUGUGUUCUGCUUUUAUACCUUAUAGAUGACUUUUGAUUUAUAGAUAUUUUGUAAUGACAAUCAAAUGUAAAUUAAUGGUUUCUAAUCAUUGUUAUUUCACAUAGAUGCUGAAAUAAUCCUUUUUAAAUGAAAAAUGAUUAUGUUACUAUAGAUAUGGCCAGAUUUGUAUUUUCUUUUCAUCUCUCUAUAACGAAUGGGUGCAAAAGUAAUGCUCAAAUGUCGCAAUUUGACAAAUUGAUGGCUGCAUCUAAAAAUUAUUUUUGAAUACUGGGAGCAUUCACAUUCUCACACAUAAAAUUUUAAACAUGUAAUCUCUCCUAUAUCCUAUUUUUCUCCACUGUAUAGUAUCUAAUAAUAUCUAAUAAUACAGACAUGCCAUAAUUGUGAUCUUUAGACGAAAAAAAAUGGUUGAGAAAUGUACGGAAGCCCGAAGGGUUAUAUAUUUAGACAUUUCCUCUGUUUUCUUGUGAUAAUGAGUUCAUUUCAUUUAUUUUCUUAUGAGUAAGUUAUUUAUGUCUUAAUGUCAAAAUAACAAAUGUUGUUUGAUAAUGCGUUAAAGGACAAUGUUGCAAUUGCAAUGAUUUAAUAUUCGAGACUAUCAUUUUGUUUAUCUCAAGAUCUCAAAUUAGUUAUGUUUACAUCUCUGGAAAAAAAAAAGUUUUGUUUUCUUGAGAUCUCGAGAAAAUUAUUCUAUUACCUCAGGAUAACAACGUUUGUUAUUUCUAGGUAAUGACGAAUAACUUGAGGUCUUGAGUAAACAAAUUAAAUCAACUUGUCAUCCUGAGAAAACAGAGGAAAAAAAUGUACGAACACAUGACCGCUCAGGGCUUCUGUAGAAAGGUGUGUGUUGUCUGUUUUGUUUUUUCAGUUUGCAAGUGUGCGGAGGAUUUUCUUUAAAAUGCCAAUUUAUUUGAUGUACAACUGUUGCGUGUAUAAGAGUUAUCGAAUUAUUCUGAAUUACAAAGUUUUAGACUUCUUUAGUCGACUAUUAUAGUUAUCAGAUUUGUAUAUUAUACAAUUACAGAUGUGUAAUAUAUUGUGACUCGGUGCUCAUUUUAUAUUUGCUAUAGUUUUUCUGUUUGCUUGAAAUUUUAGGGUAACGUUAAAGAAAUAGAAUGUAACUAUUUGAAGUUAACCUACUAAUUUGCAAGUAUACAUACAGUAUAUUGUUUAGUUUGCCUCUAAAUGGAUUGUUGCUAUACUUCCUUACCUCUGUGUGUGUUGGCCUGGUUGGCGGAUUAAGACUUUAUGGGAAAAUGGUGUAUUCAUAUUGUAGUUAGAAAACAAAUCCCUAAUUUUCACUAUAAACUGGAGAAACAGAUCACAUGGCUUUUAAACAUUACCAUAAACAUACUAACUAUUCAUCUUAGGCAGAUGAGAAAAAUACAUCUUAGGAUUGCCUGUAAAGUCACAUAAAUCAUUUUGGAUCUUUUUUUCUUCUUCUGUUUUUGCAUUGAACUGCUGAAAAAUGUG